AAUGGCUUCAAAGUGUGAAUAUGGGGAGGGACAGGCGGGAAGCUAUCACUAGAAUUUCCGAGAGCAAUUUCUUAUCUGUCUUUCUUACGUGUAGGUCUCUUUUGAAUUUUCUUUUAAUGGCAUUGUGAUUUAUGCAUAUACUUAUGUGGAAGUUCAAAUUAUUUGUGUAUAUCCUUCAAGCUGGGAACUAGAAAAAGAAACAGCUUUCUAUGCCCGUGGACGUGUAUAUGUUCGUGCUAUGCCUACGGGUCAAAAGCGGUUUGCUUUGAGUUCUUGAUUAUAUUUCUCUUUGGAAAUAGCGAAUAUCAAAAGCAGUCUAUGUUUCCAGACUUUCCAAAAUUCUUCAUAUUAUAACACGGGGCCUCUGAAGUUGUUAGCGAAAAUGAAAAGGACGAAACGUUCAUCCACUCGAUCAGAAAAAGUUCCAUCGUCUCAACCAGCAAGCACCAGCUUCCACAAAAAAUGCAAAACUCACCUCACCUAUUUGCCACUUACGGGUAAAAGUGUGUAUUUGGAUGUCAAAGAUUCUCAGCAAGCAAAAGUACUGGAGAUGAAACUCAAGAGACUUGGUGCUAAAGUGGAAGAUUUCCUCAGCAAAGAUAUCAAUUAUGUCAUCUCCCAUUCAGCACCUGUCAGAUCUCAGAGCAAAUGUCAAAAAGAAGGAUAUGGACCAGAAAGCCCAGCCUUUGUUAAUACUCCAAGUCCUUUUAGUGCUGUACCCUCCCCUACUUCUACGGUGGCCAGUGCAAGGAUCAUUCCCAUGACAAGGGGUAAAACCAUGGCUCAGAUAGCCUGUGCGAACCGCAGCCCUAGUCCAAACAGUGUUGCUUCCAAUGCAGAGAAGUUGGGCAUCAAAGUAGUCACAAGUGAAGCUGCUUUGAAAUGGCUAGACAAAGAGAUGGCAAAACUGGGAGACGCUCUUGAACAAACUGCUCAGGACUCGGAGGCAAAGAAAAAAAGAUCAGUUGCCAAGCGCUCUCAGCAGCUGCAGGAACCAUAUAUCAAAGUGGAGCCUGUUGACAUGCAUCACCGUCCUGUUUACCUCAAUCUAAACAAGUGGCCACGUCUCAACGUGAACACUCCUCCAUGCACUUGUCCAUUUGAUGGACACGGGGUGACAUUUAUUCAGCGCUCAGGCCGAGGAGAUCGGGAUGGCAAAGCAUCAAUUGGCAACUGGCCUUUGCCACCUUCGCAGCAAGGAGCUUCUAAGCAGAAAGAAGAGAGCUUGCGCUUGAUUGGAGUGCCAAUUGUGACAGCAGGCGAUUUGCGUAAACAGAGGGAGCAAAAGAAACAAACUCACCGUCGCCGUGGCUUUUGUGAAUGUUGUAAUACCAGAUAUGAAGACAUGAAAGAGCAUGUGAAAGACAGAGCUCAUGUGGAUUUUGUAUCUGACAAGCACAACUAUGAGAAAUUAGAUGAAGUCAUUUCUCAAGGGCCCUCCAUUGCAGAUUUUCUUCAGUCUGUUCUUCUUAGCCAUUGCCAACUCCAGGCUGCCAAUCGACCUGUUAGCAUCAGCAGUUCUGCAAAUAGUGAAUCAGAGCUGACAACAGAAUCAGGAACAUUUCUUAAAAUGGGACAUCAGACAGUAACUGCAAAGCAGAUUGGUAGGGCACAAGAUGACAUCUGCAACAACCCUCCAGCUGUCUUGAUAGCAGAUGAUGACUGCCACAACUACAAAGCAAAAGACUGGGAGAGAGGUCACAUUCCAAGGACUGGUAAUUGCAUUGUUAAUUCCAGAACUCAAGAGCAAGUCUCCUGUGGUGCAACUCAUGGGACAACUACAGACCGACUCCCUUUAGCUGCAGUCGUCAUUCGAAGACCAGGAGCCAAAGCAGCAUAUGGCUCACCAGUCAAAGUGCGGACUGAAGCCAGCAGAAAUCCUGAGCUCUGGAGCAGAGAUUUGAGGCCAGUGAAGGAAAGGUCUUUGGUCUUUGGAAACUCUCCCCUGGGAUGCCUACAGGCUGUGGUGGAAGACAAGGGUAGGAACCAAGGUUUGCUUUCAGGUAAAGGUAACAGUGAACAAAGUAAGGAAGGUGUGUUAUCUGUUCUGCCGGCAGGACUGAUAACUGGCAGAGUGUGUGUAUCAAGUUUUUCAGCAACUUGUGAUGAAGUCAGGGGCAUUGUCAACUCUGCAGAUAGUUCCCCACUGGAACUAAGAAAUAAUCUGAAUCAGAAACCUGCCAGUCAGAGGCGAGAUAAAAGAUCUGGUAAUGUGCUGAGUAAGAGAUCCACUUCACAAAAGCUUGGAAGCUCAACAGACUUGCAGACAGGUGCUAUGCUGCCAGAGGAGAAUGGCUGGUGUCAUCACAAAUCAGAAAAUGAUUCUCACAAAGCUGACAAGGAGCAUGUCAUGAUCAAGGAAGGUGGUUUGGAUUUUGUGGAAGAUGCUAGACAUACAGAACUCCUUUUGCAGAAUUCUUACAAGAGAUCUGAAGUUGAACAUUCAGAGCGUAAACCACAUGUCAUGACAAAAAUGACACCAGAGAAUUGUGGUGCUCAAGACCAAGAUCAUGAAAUCAGCAGCAACAUAUGCUCUGUUACAGAACAUACUGCAGAAAGUUUAGACUGGGCACAGUCACCACCCCAUUUUGUAGCCAGCCCAUGGUCAAAGACCUGUAGAAAGCGAAAACUCAGCCACAGUCCACAGUUCAAAUCUUGUACAUGGGAGAGAAGCAACCUACAAACUCCAGAGAAACAAAUGAAGAAGGCAUCAGUUGAUGACCAUCGUGUUUCCCCUGUCUUCCCCAGAUCUCAGGUGCACUGCUCAAUGCCCAUUUUUGUACAUAUGAAAGAGUCUUCCAAUGCCAAAUGCAAAAUCUAUGUCGGCGAAGAAGAUACUGCUGAAAGUGAUGAAAUAAAUGUCUUGGGAAGUAUGCAUGACAUCACAGCACACACUAAUUCUCCAUGUCACCAAGCUAAUUCUCCAGACAAUGUGGUGCUAGUUGAGAAAGAAGGCAGCAUUAAUGAGGAAGCCAUUUUUAGUGGUCAAGCAGUUAAUGGUAAUAUUGAGAGAUGCUGUGUAAGAGAGUUGUCAGAUUGUAAAACAGACUUAGAGAAAGUCAAAGUCUUUCAAAAAGUUGAUUUUGGACUUGAAAACAGGUCUGAAGAGUCUGGCAUCGAAAAGCAUUUCAGCACACACCAGAUAAGCAGAGACAAACAAGACAGUGAAAAUGGAGGGCUGAGCAGAGCGAAGGAAAAAGUUGUGCCAUUGACGAGAACAGCAAGUGUUUCUAAAGUGUCUGCUCUCAGUUCAGCCAAGAAGGUCAAGCUAAAUGGCAGCUGGCAAUUAUUAAGUGACCGCAGUCUGUGUCGCCUGUUGGAGAGUGAAGUGGAUGCUCCACCUUUCCUUGGAUUCACUGGAGACGACGAUGGUCUGUCAUCUGAUCUAACUUAUGUGGAAGCCUCUGAGUUUGAAGUCAGUGACACUGAAGAGUAUGAAUGGGUGUUUGAUGAAAUACCCCAGGGGUUGCCUGUUGAUACUUCCAAAGCAGUUGGGGUGGAGACUUUUAAUUACUUCCUGCCAACUCUCUCUUCUCCAGACAAGGCUUCUGACUCCUCUUGGGAAGAUGCUUGCAACUUGUACCUCAGUGAAUCUGUUAACAAAAAGUUGUUCAUCAGUAAUAAAAGUUCUGCAACAAGCCCUUCAUCCAAGGGAUGUAGGAAGGUGCAGAGACAAAUCAAAAAUCACAUUAGCCACAAGGCAGUGGUUCAAUCUCCAGACAAACCUCACUUGACUGUACCUCUGGAUGGGCACACUCCCACCAAACUCAGAAAAGAUCCCAACACUAAAAGCAGCAGGAAAGGUAAAGGCAUUGAGAGAGUGGAUGCAGAGAUUCUGUUCAACUACAGCAGCCCACAUAGAAAUAACAUAGUCUUCAGCCCUUUACAGGUCAUCAGUGGGAACAUAGUGAGAUCAUCACUAGAUCUAUCUGAACAGACACAAGAAGGCAGCCAUAGAUUGUUGCCCAGGCGCAGAAGGCUGGACUGGAGUUGAUCAUAUUACAAGUGUGAGGCUGAAAAAAUCUCUGAUGAAUUCUAUCAGCUAUACGUGUUCUAGGUUAUGUAACGGCACUGUUUUUGUAAACUGAAGCUCUUUGAAAAAAAAAAUUACUUUGGUUCUGACAGACUUGUUUGGAAACGAUGCUGCAGAUUCUGCAUAUUUAAAGAAAACAACACAAGAAUCAAAUUGAUUUUCAUAUACUCAGUCCAACACUAGAAAAACUCCCCAUUAACCCAGCAGUAAAUGGGUUAGCAGUUUAUCCACAAAAGUGGUGUUAGAACUGGGCUGGGCUUGCCUGCCUGCUAUGGUGUGGCCUGUCAAAGGAAUUCCUUUUCGCUAUUUUAGUGGUUAUCGAUGGAAUUCAUAAUUUUGGAGUAUGUUGGUCUCCCCAGUUGAAUAAUUUUUCUCUGUAUUCUUUCAUUUUAUGUGUUUUGUAUAUAAUUAGCAUUUCCUAAGUGCAUCUUAAAGUAUUAGGUAUGUGCAUUCUUAUGAGUAAUGGGUGUUUUUGAAGCUCACUAUAAUGUAUCCAAGGAAAACUGCCGCAGACAUUGGAGUAGAGGUAGUUGUAAGAUCCCAUAUGUGAUAUGUCAUGUCUACCUCUACAAUGCAGUAAUAAAUAUGUAUUUUGACAUGUUCUAUAGAGACAAUAGACUAUUGCAUUGUUACACAUCACAUUAGUGAUUAGGAUGUAUGCGUAUUACUUUUAUGCUAUACAGCUGUUGGGCAGAAAUCUGGCUUCAAGAAUGAGUAUUUAAAUAGUUGCACAGAAUCUGGCUAUACUUGGUAGUAGAAAUCUGGCCCAACUUUUUGGAGGAAAUCUGAGCUGUGCAGAGCGUUGUACAUACGUCAGGAAUCUGUCCAGUAGUGUACAUAGUCCACAAACCAUGUAGUCCGGAAGUACAUCACUGCAUCCUUCAGAAAAUGAAUAUCUGUGCUACACAUUAGGAAAUAUAUUACAGAUCUCCUGUCAGAACAGACUGAUGUGAUAUGUUCACCAUUUGCUUCUUCUUGUUGUUGUUGUUUUUUUCAAAUUCUUGUUUUAAAAUCGAGUGUAUGGUUAUUGUGAAUAUAAGCUGUUUCAGUUAUUGAUGUUGGCAUAGUAAUGAAUGAUAAAAAUAAAUUGAUGAUCUUUACCUUGUUACUUCCAGGGCUGUAUAUUUGCUGUUAUAAUGUUGCAAGCCUACGACCAAAAUUUGUAGUCUUCCCCUAAAAAUUCGUUUACUCUUUUGUUGCUAGAAUUUAAUGUCCUUUAUAGACAUUCAGUUCUGGAAUAGGUCUGCUCUGCCUGUUUUUAAUCCAAUGACUUCAUGAACUCUAGGCUCACAUUAAUAGACAGGUCUACCCUGAGUCCAUGAAUGUGAGCCACUGUCUCUGGUUAGAUAAUUUAGCUUGGGUAUAAGCAGUAAAUAUGAGGCCUGGUAAACAGCAUUCGAGGGCCUAAUCUUAAGCCCAUCUGCACUGAUUAAUUUGAAUUUCAUCUCUCUGGGCUUAAAGAAGGAUUCAGAACAUCAGAGGCAAAGUAGCCAACAACCUAGGGGUUACAGUAUUACAAAUUCAUUCCAGUAUCAAUACUUUUGUUUCUUUGCUCAUAGCCCUUGUGUGUUUUAUCUCAUCGUCAGUUUUGACUCAUUAACGACUUUAGGUUGUGCAUAUUGAUUGUUAAUGUUUGUGUUAUCUGUGGCAACCAAUCUUGAUUAAGUUAAUGUAUCAUUAAAGAUGAAAUAAAAAUAUGUUAGCAGUUCUGCAUCUUCAUUUAAUGCAUUUUUGUAAGGGGUUACAUGAGUACGUUAAAAAUAUCAGCGUCACAAAAAAUUUUUUUUUUUUAUUAUUGCACAUUUGAUUUGUAAGAAUAGCAUAUAUCUCUUUGUAUGUACAUGUGAACAUAAUUGUAAUUGCAAUUUUUCCUGUUCUGGCAUUAGAUUGAGUUUUGUGCAUAUGUACAACUGAGAAAUGACAGUAUUUUCCCUCUGUGCAAGUAUGUGCACACAAAAUUGCUGACCAGGUGGGGCCUGGUUCUUAGAUGUAUUAUACAGGUCACAGCGACUGGUGCUAGAGAUUAUAUGGUUGUGAUUUCCUUUUGCUCCUUGAAGCACUAAUUGUACUAUUCAGAAUACUCUUAAGCAACAGGCCCGAAUCAGUUCAGAAGACGGAUCUUCAGUGACUAGAGUACAGGGGCUCUUAUAAGAGUAUACAGGAAAAAAAUUAACAUUUUCUGAUGGUAAUUGUAUAUGGCAAAUAGUUGUACAGUGUCACAUUUUCAGAUGUUAACAUUUUUGGAUGUAAUUUAUUGGUGUGCGUGCUCUUUUCAUAAGCAGCUCUAAAAUAAGUGUUGGUAAAGUUAGCAUUACUGCCGUGUUUGGUACAUUUUGAAUAAUACAUUGACAUUGUUUACAAAAUAGAAAUAAAUUGUUAAGCAACUGAUGUGUUUUGAAAGAUGUUGAGUUUGAGCACUUUUGAUGAGAUUCUCUUUCACCCUCAUUUGGGGUGGUCAUAGAAAAACCCCGAAACUGAAGUUAUUCACACUGGAGUUAUUGAUCAGUGUGUUAUGAACCAAAAGGGAAGCUAGAUUCUCUAGGGACUAUAAUCUCAUUAGGAAGCCAAUAUACCCCUGUCAAGGAAGCAAUAUGUCAAGCACCUAUGGACCUGAUCCUAUGCUAUUGCCCCAGAUGACAUCUCAUGUGAUACACUAGCACUACCUAGUGAAUGUGGACCUUGUCCUAUCUAUAUAGUUAAAGACCAACCUGCGUUUUCUUCAGACAUCAGUAACCAUUAAUUAUCUGCUACGAUUCACACCUGUGAUCACAAGCGAUGAUAACAGUGUACUAUGUGUACUACAGUGUACUAGGCAUGGCACACCAUUCACAUUGCCUGCAGUCAACACCAGAGAUAAUGAGCAACAGGAUUAUUUGGACGGUGACAGUCUGCAUUUCUCGUAGUUUUGAACAACUGCUGCUUUAGCAUAAGAAAUGCAGGCUUUCAACAUUCGAAUAACCCAAACUGUCGAUGUGAUUGGUGUUGACGGCUGGCAAUGUGAAUGGUGUACCAACGUGACGCAAUACACUGUUAGCGUGAAGUAGUACACUGUUAGUGGUACUCAUUGGUCGCAGGUACGAAUCUCAUACUUUGCUAGCGGUUUAUUAAUGGAUGGGUUUUGGAGCUGAAAUUUACAGGUUAGGUUUAUAUCGCCUCUAUCUACUGAUAUCUGCAAAAAUUGCAAACCAUUCAGGUUGGUCUUUAACACGUGUAGAUACCCAAAUCUGGAAUAAUAGUAAAGGUUAGAUAAAACUGUCAAGACAUAAUUUAUCACCAAAAAAGGUUCUUUGGCAUGAGUGUAAGCUUUAAUAUGUAGGAUCACUUCAUA